ACGUGGCUCUGAUACAAAAUACCUAGCUACUGUACUCUCCAUUGGAACUGAGUGUGACAUUGCAAUGUUAACUGUGAAUGAUGAUGAGUUCUGGGAAGGAGUAUCACCUCUUGAAUUUGGGGAUUUGCCUGCACUGCAAGAUGCUGUAACUGUUGUUGGAUACCCUAUAGGAGGAGAUACGAUCUCUGUGACUAGCGGUGUUGUCUCGCGCAUUGAGAUACUAUCUUAUGUUCAUGUGUCGACCGAGCUCCUUGGAUUGCAGAUAGAUGCUGCCAUCAAUUCUGGAAAUUCUGGUGGACCUGCAUUCAAUGAUAAGGGGAAGUGUGUAGGUAUUGCAUUUCAAUCCCUUAAGCAUGAAGAUGCCGAGAACAUCGGUUAUGUCAUACCAACUCCAGUAAUUAUGCAUUUCAUCCAAGAUUAUGAGAAGAAUGGAGCAUAUACAGGUUUUCCUGUCAUUGGAGUUGAAUGGCAAAAAAUGGAAAAUCCCGACCUCCGCAAGUCGGUUGGUAUGGCACAUAAUCAGAAGGGUGUCCGGAUCCGAAGAGUUGAGCCUACGGCUCCAGAAUCUAAUGUUCUAAAGCCUUCAGAUGUUAUCCUUAGCUUUGACGGAGUUGAUAUAGCCAAUGAUGGAACAG